CCGCCAUGGCCCGGGGCGAGCACUUCGGGCGGAGCGCGGAAGGGGAGAGGUGGGCGCCGCGAUCACCCUGCCGCCGCUUUCCGUCGCUCCUCAGUCGGUGCCGUUGAGUUAAAAGCGGAGGAGCUCCGUUGUGAAGCGCCCCGGGGAGCUGGAGAACCAGACGCGCACACGCACACACACGCGCGCGCACACACACGCGCACACACAAAUAAAGUGCGGACGGCGGUGAGGACGGACGCGCAGCGGAGGGGGGGGACCCAUGCGGGCAAACAUGUCUCUGUCGCGUCGCGGGUUCACGCCGCUCUUCGGAACCGACUCGCAGAACCGAACGGACCUUUGAGCGCGGGCACGCAGCGGGAGCGCGUGACGGGCCGAGGCGCACGGAAAGCGGAAAAGUUGAACGCGGUCGCGGGUGUUGUAAUGGAUAAAGGCUCGCCGAAGGUACAGUGGAUGUUUCUCAAUAACCCGCAGCUGGAGACAAAUGUCUCUGGAUCCAAAUGUCACCCCCCUUGGACUCUGCCCUGGUCGGGGACCAGCAGUGUGUGACGGACAGGCGAGUGGAGCCUGCGGUGGCUCUCUACUGCGUGGCUUCAAAUUGGCCCUGGCUGAGCUCUGCAUGGAGCAAGGAGUGAAGAGUCCUGCUAUGGUCUGAUGUCUCAGCAUGGAUGGAGUCAGUCAGAGGACUGGCCACCACUAAUGAGACCAUCGCUUUUCAGCUGAGGACUAGCAUUUACAGGAUUACUCCCACGGUUUCCAGCAUCAUUACCAAACUCCCCUAGUUGGACUGUUCGGGGGUUGGGUUUUUGCUGGAUAUAUACGUCAUUACCUUUCUGAUUUUCAUAUUUGUUUAAUUCCUUCCCAGUUCUUUUUUCCUUUAUUUUUCGUUUUUUGGCUGUUUUGUUUCUUCACUAUGGAGUUUCUGUCUGGACCCUGGAAUAAAGAUUGGGCUUCAUUCCUGCAAUUUUGGUUGACUGUCAUCCUAAGCCUCCAAAUGCAAUUCAGCCCGGGUGCCUCUUGCCCGGUAGAGUGUCGUUGUGACACGCCGUUCGUGUACUGCAACGAACGCAGCCUGACAUCAGUGCCUCUUGGGAUGAAGGAGGGCUUCAAGGUCCUCUUCCUACAUAACAACCAGAUAAACAAUGCUGGCUUCCCUCUGGAACUUCACAAUGUGGCCACUGUAGAGACUGUGUAUCUCUACGGCAACCAGCUGGACGAGUUUCCCAUCAAUCUGCCCAAAAAUACCAGGGUCCUUCAUCUUCAGGAGAACAAUAUCCAAACCAUCUCCAAGGCGGCUCUGGCCCAGCUGACUCGGCUAGAGGAGCUGCACCUCGAUGAUAACUCCAUCUCCACAGUGGGGGUGGAGGAAGGGGCCUUUAGGGAGGCGAUAAGCCUCAAACUCCUCUUCCUCACCAAGAACCACUUAAGCAGCGUUCCCAUUGGCCUUCCCGAGGACCUGAAAGAGCUGCGGUUGGACGAGAACCGCAUCGCUCACAUUGCAGAAGAGGCUUUUCAGAAUGUGACACGGCUGCAGCGCCUCCUGCUGGACGGGAACCUGCUGACGGAUGAGGGCAUUGCACCAGGGACCUUCCAGGACCUUGCCACCCUCCGUGAGCUGGCCCUGGCCCGCAAUUCCCUCACCUUCCCCCCACCACUGCUACCCAGCCAGUCACUGGUCAAACUCAGCCUGCAGGAGAACCAGAUCGACCAGAUCCCCGUGGCAGCCUUCGCUGAGCUAAUCAGGCUGGAAAAACUGGAUAUCUCCAGCAACCAGCUUCAGACUCUGACACAGGGUGUGUUCGAUGGCCUGUCGAGCCUUAAGCAUCUCAUGGUGCGCAAUAACCCCUGGCGUUGUGACUGUGCUGUGAAGUGGGUGGUGGUCUGGCUCAAGUCCUUGCCCUCCUCCAUCAACGCCCGGGGGUUCGUAUGCCUGAGUCCGGAAAAGGUGCGUGGCAUGGCAAUCAGAGAGCUCACGCUGGAUAUCAUAGAGUGCCCGGUAGAAGUUGACAAUCCGCCCUGGCCCACCCUCCGCUCCACUCCCCCACCCCCACCCACAACCACCCCCAUCACCACCAUGUCCUCCACCCUCAUCACCACAUCCAUCCCUUACUACUUUGACUCCCCCUCCCCUCCCUUGCCCCCAGUCCACAACAACCCUCCCGGGCCCCUGCCUCCUUACGAGGACCCGCUUCAGAUCUCCUUCCAUGUGGUCAACUCGACCAGCAUCGAGGUGAGCUGGGCCUCCUACUUCACCGUCACAGCCUACAAGGUCACUUGGGUCAAAAGGGGCCAAAGCCAAAUAAACGAAGGAAUGCGGGAGAGGACGGUGAGCGGGGACCGGCGGCACAUUAGCCUCACCAACCUGGAGCCCCGAUCUGUGUAUCGGAUCUGCGUGCACGUGCUGGACACCCUGAACUCCUACAGGCCCGGAGAGGAUACUAUAUGCUCCGAGGCCAGGACCAAGGCUGUUGCGUCCACCAAGCCUCCCGGCAGGGAGCAAGCUCCCCAGGAGAGCGUCAACUCCACGCUGCUAAUGGCUGGGAUCAUAGGUGGGGCGGUGCUCAUCAUCCUGGUGACGCUGCUCAGUCUGUUCUGCUGGCACAUGCACAAGAAGAGCCGGUCGUCUUCGACCAAGUGGAAAUACAACCGGGGCAGGAGAAAAGACGACUACGGCGAGGCCGGAACCAAGAAGGAUAACUCCAUUCUGGAGAUGACUGAGACCAGUUUCCAGAUAGUGGCGCUGAACAAUGAGCAGCUGCUCAAGGGAGAUUUCCGCAUCCAGCCCAUCUACACGCCCAACGGGGGCAUCGGAUUUAGAGACUGUCACCUCAGUAACAACAGCAUAGCCUACUGCAAGAGCAGCAACGUGCCCAGUACAGAGUUCUGCCACACGUGAUGCAGCAGCAAAUAGUACAGCGGCAUUCACACACACAGACACACUAGAAACACGUAUAACAUGCAUAAAUACACACACAUACCCCUUUUGUGAAGACAACAAAAAACAUACAAAUUCUAGUGAAAUAUAACUGUACUAUAUAUAUUUCCAAGUUCUGUCUACGAUGUAAUUUAUACUGUGGAUAAUAAUGUGGGAUUCUCUGCUAUCUUUUUUAUUCUUAGAAAAAGAGGUACAAGUGUUUCUUUUUUUUUAAUAACCAGCAGGGUUUUAAACGUUGUUUUAAUGGUCAGUACUGUACAUGAACAUGGAUUUGUACAAUCGCAGCGCCCUGGGUGUAGCUUCUGACUGUCAGUCUCAAAAAUGUUGGGGCCCUUAGAGGACUGGGAUCCUUUGCUAACCACAGAAGCAAAAUAUGGCCUUUUUGUUGCUCUUUGAAGGACUAGGACCCCCCCCCCCACCCCCUUUCCAACAGAACAGUAGUAAAGACAACACAGCACAGGGGAAAUCCAAACACUGCUGAUUAGAGCGCUGUGGAAAUAUAGCACUGGUUCAUUGGUGGUAUGUUGUAAAAAAAGGACUGAAGUGCACUUUCUUAUUAAUGAGAGCCAGGCAGGAAAUGAGCAGAGGUGGUGAGCGCAUGUGAGGGACUGUGGACGGCUGUGCAGGGAGAAUGUCAUCGGUGCUGUUGAAAGGCCUCGACUGAGAUUUCCCAAAAGUGCCUUAACACUAAAAGCGUCUUUGUUCUCCUGGUUUACAGUUGGAACAAAGGUGGGCUUAGUGCGAGAGACACUUUUUUUUGGAAAACUCUGGAAAAAGGAUGUCAUUUUCAACACGUUCUAGUGAGGAGGUGCAGUUAUUUACAGGAGUGUGAAACCCAACAAAGGAUUAUUGUCCCUAAUGAGGUGCAUGGAUGUGCUGAGGCUCGCAGACCCUUUUACAGAAAUUCCCAAAUUUGUUCUGCUUCUUUUCUUUCUUUCUUUUUCCUCCCCGUUUUGGCAAGUGAGGCCACAAGGGGGCAGUUUGCCUCAGCGUCGUGUGUGGGACAGAGGAACAGAGGGCGAGACAGAGCUGCGUAGAUCACUUUACCUCCACCAUCCCCCGGGGUCCAUUACCCAUAUGACAUUACUCAUGCUCAAACAGCAUUGUUUCCAGUAUUCUUGCUCAUCCGGCUACUUAAUAACGCGGAAUCAUUUCAAACCAACAGUGUUUUCUGUGUUUGGCGGCUGAGUGAUAUGGAUUUUCACCACUGAGGUCUGUCAUGAGGGGGAAGCCUCUGGCCCUCCCUGUGUGUGAGAGUGAGAGUGUGAUGAAUUCAGAGAAAGCACACACAUAAUGACAAUCAUACACCCACUUAUUUUCACCCGCGUCCCGGGCGCUCAUUAGGCCCUGUGAUGAAUGAGGGAGUCACAACACGAUCCGCACAAUGCUGCCUGUGAGCGAGCAGCUCGUCCAGCGUGUCAUCGCUCACCCCUUUGUGCACAUUUAUGAGACUCUCCGUUCAUGGUGCACUCACCUGAACAAUGCACCUGCUCGCUUCUCUUCAGCAGCCCCCCCCUCCGGGGCGAUCCUCCCCUCUCUCCCUUCGUUGUCUGCCCCUCAGCCCCCUACGGAUGCUGUGGCGGCAGCUCUUUGCAUGCGAGGUGCCGGUGAGAGCUCUUCAUUAUGCACUUCUUAAGCAGACUUUAUUUGAUUUGACAAGAUUUUGUUUUGAGGGGCCAAGCUUAAAGAAGAAUGCCCCCACACACACCUCCCUUUCCCCCUUUCUCCUCGUAAUCCUCGACCAAAAAAGGGAGAAAAAUAUGUAGCCCUUAUUUUCACUCGGCUGCACGGAGCUCACGCUGGGAGACGAGAGUCUGUUAACUCUUUGGAGACACUCAGAUUAUUCAGCUGUGCAGAGCCGACACAAAACGGGGCCGCACAAGUGAUUUUUAAGGGCUUGUACUGGAGUGAUUCCAGAGUAUCUCUGAGAGGCUUUACCUCAGCAGUCGGGAUAUCGCAAAAGUAGCUGCACUUAGUGUAAUUCCAGCAAUAGCUCCAGUCUUCAUCACCUGGGCUUUAACUUGAGGUGGAGCCUGGACUUCCACAGCCCCCAGUGUUCAACACGGAGCAGUAACAAACACUGUCAAUGAAGGAAAUCCCUACGCAUCACCUUGGUGUCACAUGAUGUCUUCAAAUCUUGUUUUCAUCAAGACAACUGACAUAUUUCAGAUAUAAUUGCUGAUAAAAAACAAAUCAAAAAAACAUUGAAAGCAAUAGUUCAGUAUUGGGAAAUUCUCUUAUUCACUUUCUUGCUGCGAGUUCUAAGAGAAGAUGGAUACCACCCUGUGCGCUAGAUAUGAAGCUAGUGAUAGCAGCAUGCUACGUUAGCUAAGCAUUAGGACUGGAAACUGGGGGAAACAGCUAAAAGCACAAAGUGCGACUUUUACACCUUAUUUUGAAGCAUGGAUUAAACAAAGAAGAUAUAUUGUGUUAGCGAGUAAAGAUACGCCGGAUUCGGUUACCUUUAGACGGAGCUGUUUCUGUAUGCUAAGCUAACCGGUGGUAGCUUCCUAUUUACUGUUCAGAGGUAUCAAACUUCUCUUCUAACACUUGUCAAGAAAGUGAAAAAAUUAAAUGGGAAAUAUUGGCAGUGUCAACCUAUUAAUUUAAGUGAAAAAUAAGUAGUAACGUUAAAUGAAUUGGAUUGCAUUACAACCAAAUGAGUGAUUGUAAUGGCAGAUGACGUUCACCAAAUAAGACUCAAUAUGUGACAUGAGAUGGUUUUUUUAUUAGUGCGAAGAUCUUCUGUGGUUAUCAAAGCAUCUAUUUGAACUUUAUUUUCUACUAAUCCCCACAGCUGACCAUAACCCCAAGCAGAAACACUUGAACAUCUACAUCAAAUAUUAUUAUUUGUAUUCUUUGUUCGAGAUGAAAGCCCUGUUUGAAGCUACAUGCUGGUCAAAAAAGGACCGGUGGGGGAGCUCACACAGUUACAACACAUAGCACCCCCCCCCCCCCUUCCC